UCACCACCUCCUCUGCCUCUUUCCUCCCUCCCCGGGUUUUCUUUUGGAGCAAAUCAGGAGGGAAGCCACAGCAGUACCGGCCUGGGUGGGAGACUGAAGCAGAUUCCCUGGAAAGUGUUAAGAGUCUUGGACGUUUAACCUGGGAGUUAAUACAGCUGGGAUACUCUGAGGAUCUCCUGUCACCAUGGGGGACGUGGUUUCCUCUCACCUGGAUGAGGGCAGACGGGAGAUGAUUACAGCUCGGACCAGAGAUGUGAUGGAACAGUUUGGCGAUCUGUACGAGAAGCAGUACGCCGUCGCUCUCUUCAACGUCGUUCGCGUUGAGAUAGAAGGAGGCGGCGGGACGCAGUCGCAGCUGCUGCACAGAAAGGAUCCUCUGGCAGGUCAUAGCAUCUUCUCUGGGAGUUUGUUCCAAUACCUGGAGGAGAACCGGAAGUGGAGGAACCGUUUUGUGUCCGUGCCGAAGAGCUACAACGUCGAGCUCUUCGAGAGCAAAACGGCCCAUGACCGCGGGCUGCAUCCGAAGGUUUCCAUUAACUGUGCCGGGUACAAGGCCCUGACCUCCAUGGAGGAGUACAUGGAGCUGGUCAACGACAGCCUGCCAGGCAUCAAAGCCAAAACAACCAACGCUCCCUUCAUCAAGUGUGCGACCCAGUUCCCCCUGAUCCUGUGGCAUCCGUACGCUCGCCACUACUACUUCUGCGUGAUGACGGAGAAGGAGCAGAACAAGUGGCACGCCGUGCUGCAGGACUGCAUCAGACACGGCAACAACGGUCUGUCUGAGGAAAAAGCUGUUCAGACGCUCGCCUUCACCAACUCUGUUAGACGCUACAGACAAGUCAAAGGGCAAUACGGCACCUGGGAGAUGAUGUGCGGAGCGCCACCACAGAUUCUGGCUAAUCUUGUGAUGGAGACUCUCCAGCCUGAGCUCAGAAAUGCGAUUGGCCCUCGUCUGAAGGGGAAGGUGCAGCAGAGACAGAGAAACUGGAUGUUGAUCUCUGAUGCUAUGUACAAGCAGGUGCUGACCCAGAUCAGUGGUCAAUAUGCAGCUCUGGAGGAAGCCUGCGAGGCCCAAAAACCUUCAUUAGAUGUUAGACUGCGAGGUGACAUGGACAUGCUCAUCACAUCCAAAGAACAUGUCAUCAGCAAGAUAAAAGCUCUUGUGAUGCCGAAAGCUGAGCAGCUCCUUCGGACCAGCAUCCAGCCCUACAUCAGCUCCAUCCUGGAAUCGCUGAUGGAGCCCACCAGCAGGGGGUUCUCCGAGGUCAGGGACGUGUUCUUCAAGGAAAUUGUGGAGAUCGGCAAGAAUUCCCUUAAUGGUAGGGGCCAAGAAAAGCUGGGAGAGCAACUGGAGAGGCUGUCCAUGCUGGCGUUCCACCCGGUGAAGAUGCAUAGCUGCUAUGAGAAGAUGGAGCAGCUGAACCUGGAGGGGCUGCAGCAGAGGUUUGAUGUUUCCAGCCCCUCCGUGUUCAUCAGCAGGGCUGAGAUCCUGAUGAGGGAGCAAAUGGACAAUGCGGUGUACACUUUUGAGCAGCUGCUUCACCAGUCGUUGGAGUCCCAGGGGGAGGAGGACCUCUGCAAGAGCAUCCAGAAAUGCCAGGACAGAGUUCUCAAGAAAUAUGAUUACGACAGCAGCACGGUGCGUAAACGGUUCUUCAGAGAGGCCUUACUGCAGAUAAUCAUCCCCUACAUGCUGCAGCAGCUAGCUCCGUCCUGCACACCUGAGCUGCCUCGCUUUCAGGAGCUGAUCUUUGAGGAUUUGUCCCGUUUCCUGCUGGUGGAGAAUAUGUAUGAGGAGGUGGUCCUGCAGUCUGUCUCCAAUGACAUAAUGAUGGCGGUGAAGGAGGCAGCAGUGCAGAGGAGACACAAUCUGUACAGGGACAGCAUCAUACUGACCAAUAGUGACCCCAACCUUCACCUCCUGGAGGAAACCCCACCUGUAGACUGGGGCUCUAAGUUUGGAGCCGAUGACCCUGAUGGCUCAGUGGGCAGCGGAGCCGAAGGAAAGGGUUUUGGAGGAAGACGGAGGCAGGUGGUCUCAAUGAUCCAGCUGGAAGGGCUGCCUAUUCCAUACGAGUCCUGCCUUGAGGUCCCAGGUGUGGAUCUUAUUCCUGAGGAAGAUGGGGAGAUUCCAGAAGUCAAAAGGGUGAAUGAGGAGGACCUGGGUCCACUUGAGGAUCCAAAGUCUCCUGAUAGUGUGGAUGCAAUCAGGGAUCUGAUCAGUCCCGUGGUGGAGGUUGUGCUACCAGUCCCAGAGGAGAAACUAGAGGAUGUAACCAGCGGGACAGAGACCACCAACGGCACCAUCACCAUGGAGGACGGGCUGCAGGAGGAGGUGACGCAUGUCACCACCAUCGUGGAGGACAGCUCCAGGAAAUCCCUGCGAGACAAAUCGUCCCCGCAAUCAAUCCUGCAGGAGCUGGUUGGAAGCAGGAAGCAGAAGGAGCUCCAGGAGGAAGCAGCCAUCCUGAAAGCCUUAGAAGAAAUGGAGAUGGCAGUGCAAGAAGAAGACAGCGAACAGAUGGCUGAAGUUUCGACGGCAGAAUCUGAUUCUGAGUUGCAGCCGUUGGCUACAGACUGCAGCUCGCGCAACGACAGCGGCUUCCAGUCCCUGUCCAAUCAGAGUGAGCCCGAGCCGAUCACAAAUGGUCCAACCGGUCAGGACAAAAUAACCGACCCAGUAGACGUGGAACAGCUUCUGGUGUAGAGAACCAGCGUUUGCUCACUCUGAAAAUGUAAAAAAACACACAAAAAAUAACUAUUUAUUAUUUGUCUGACAUUCAAUAGAAAGUCAUUGAAUAUAAUGCUGAAUUCAUCAUCCAAUAUUUUAUCAAAUCCAAAUCACAGUUUUUUCGUUUCAACUGCAUCAUAGUGCCUUAUUGGAGAGUGUAAUACCUUCAUCUAGUCAGCAGGGGGUGCUAUCUCUAAAGUGUUACUGCUGUGUAACUUGUUUACUCUGUGAACAUGUUUAUCGUAAAUAAUUAUGAUUUUGUUUUUAUUUAAAGUUUUUUGUAUAAUCUCUCAUAAGGCUUGUUUAGCUGUUAGAGGCAUGAAGCUGAAGACACGUAAAUCUAUUCUUAAACUUCAUCUGGUCUGAUCAUAAGGUUGAUUUCACACUGUACCCCACACCAUCCAGCGGUUAUUUAAAUAAAGGCUUGUUUUGUGUA